AUGGACUUUGUGUUUGGCCUACCGAAGGAUUCGGACGACAAUACUGGUAUUGUGGUCUUCGUUGACCGUUUGAGCAAGAUGGCUCAUUUAGCGGCUGUGCCGGACUCGAUCGAUGGUGAACGCACAGCACAGCUUUUCAUUGAUCGGGUUUUUCGUCAACAUGGUUUGCCCGUGUCAAUUAUUUCAGACCGUGAUCCUUAG